AAGCUGAUGCCAGAGGCACCUCACUCUUCUAAACCCUAUACUCUCUCUUCCUGUAUAUUUAUGCUUGAGGAUUAGUCGUUCCGCGGGGAUCGUUUUAGCAGUGGUUGGAUCUGGGUUUGGUUUCUGCAGCCUCUGCGUCGAAGAAAGCCCCAACUCCAGCUACAUCUUCGGCCGAGCCACUCCGUCAUCCUAGUCUGCGACGCCUCCGUCCUCAACUCUCACUCAGUAUCUUUUGUCGUUUUUGUAAGAGGAAAAGAGACAUGAAGUUCAUCGCCGCAUACUUGUUGGCUGUACUGGGAGGCAAAGCCAGCCCAUCCGCUGGUGACAUCAAGAAAAUCCUUUCCUCUGUGGGUGUUGAGGCUGAUGACAGUAAGCUUGAGCUGCUCUUGUCUCAAGUUGAGGGGAAAGAUAUCACAGAGUUGAUUGCAGCCGGAAGGGAGAAAUUAGCUUCCGUACCAAGCGGUGGUGGUGGUGGUGCUGUGGCAGCUGUUGCUGCUGCACCUUCCAGUGGUGGUGGGGCUGCCCCAGCUGCUGAAGAGAAGAAAAAGGAAGAGAAGGUUGAAGAAGAAUCUGACGAUGAUAUUGGCUUUGAUCUUUUUGGAGGAGAUGAUUAGAGGUGUUUUACUUCUAUAUGUUUGUUUGGAUAAUACUAUCAAGUUUUAGCAUCCCUUCCCGUUUUUUACUUUUCAAUGAAGACUCCUGAAUCUUUUUCUGCCUAUUGUAUUAUUACAAAUUUACAAUAGCUGAAUCUUGAAACUGACAUCUCCCUCUUCAUUCCCCUCUCAAGCCUAUUUUUGAAAACGAUUUUUAUUAGAACACCGUAUUGCGUAUUUUACUUUGACUUUCAGUGGUUCUGCUGGCAUUAUUUACCGUUUUGUUUUACUCACAAAUUAAUUGUUUUUGAAAAUUUACUCUUGAUAAAUGUAUUCAGUUGUCUCAAGAGCAAACCUUUUAUUUAUGAGUACUUGGCCAGUUGGCCUUGAGGCUUUGAGCAAGUUAACUUUGUUAUGCUUAAAAGUUUCUCAACAUUUUAUUUUUUCAAGCUAGUUUCUUUGUAUUUACUGUUCUGUAGUAAUGUCAGUAGUAUUGUGUUCCAAGCUGGCCCAAAGUUAAGACUGCCAGUUGUAUUCUUGCUUUGCUUAUGCUCUUUCUGGGAGCAGAUGUACUUCUAGGUUCUCCAAAUUGCUUCAAGAAGCAGUUUUUAGAACCUCGGAGAAAACAACUUUACUUUUGAAAAAUUGUUUGUGAUUCUGCUUCUUUUGUUAAACAAGAAGUAGAAGCAUAAUCAAUUCCAAAUAUCUCAUUAUAAGAAAUGUCAAAGGUGAGCUAAAUAGUAACAACCAUUCUUGUCAUACAUAAAAUAUACACACACCCUUAUCACACUCUCUUAUUUACACGGACAAUUAUUGCAAACAAUUAGAGGUGUACACAUUUUGUGUAUAUUUUACAUAGGGGUGGACUCAGGUCCGGGUCGGGACCGGGUCGGGCCUAGGCUCGGGCGGGCCGGCGGUUCAAGAAUGGUGGACCCGGGACCGGCCCGGGUAGCCACCGGGUCUGGUCCGGGUCCGGGCCAGGCCGGGCCACCGGUUUGGAUUUUUUUUUUGCUUUCCAAACCCCCCCACCCCCCUUCACCCCCCUCCCAAACCCCCCCAAACCCAUCCUACCCAUCAAGCCCAACCCGGGUGGAAGCCCAAAAAUGAAAAAAAAAAUAAAAAAAAAUCAAUUUGGCCCGGGCCUGACUCGGCUGGGCCGGUUCACCAAAAUUCAGACCCGAGCCCGGACCCGCCUUACCUCCCGGGCCUAGGCCCGACCCGGACCCGAGAACCGGACCGGUCCCGGUCCCGCACAGUAGCGGGCCGGGCCGGUCCACGGGCCGGGUGGCCCGACCCGAGUCCAAGCCUAAUUUUACAUUCACCUAUGUAUACAAAUAAUUCUUUAGGGAAAAGUACGGGAAAGGUAAUUGUGGUUGAGGCUGUUUUCAAAUAGGGUCAUGUGUAGUGGUGCACUCGGUUCGGGUCGGGCUCGGUUCAGGCCUUGAACCGGCCGGGCCUCGGUUCAUAGAAGGCAGGCCCGGAACCGGCCCGGAUAACCCCGGGUCCGGUUCGGUUCGGGUCACCUGCCCGGUUCACGGGCCGGGCUGCCCGGCGGGCUUGGCCUAUUUAAUUUUUUUUUAAAUAUUAUAUAAUUAGAAUAAUUCUUAUUAAAAUUACAAUAUAUUAUAUUCGAAUUGAAGUAUAUUUAUU